GCUCGGGAUCCGGGGGGAGGCGAGGGCAGCCCCUUCCCCGCUUUGCGGCCGCCCCCCGCGCUCGCGGCCUGACGCUUCCUCCGCUGCGGGAUGCGCGGGGCGGCGCUAGGCCCGGAGCCGGUGGGUGUCGCGGGGCUGUGGGUCUGGGCUCUCCGGGGCGGAGGUGCGGCCCGUGUGGGGCGCUGCUCUGCCGGCGGAUCCGGCACCGGGGAAGCAAGGAGGCAGAUUAGUAAGGCGCCCCGCCCCCCCUGACGAGCUGCACUUGGGGAAUCCGGGGGCUUCAAAGCGAAGGAUUUUUGUUAUGGAUUUAACUCUUUGCCGCAUGGACACAGAAUUAUUAUAUAAAGUCUGGACCCUCUAGCAGAACUUUUCUUAACCAACACUAAGAAUAUGUCAGUCACUCCUCUUUCUUGAAUAUAACUGCUCACUUAUAACCAUUUUAAUCACAAUGAGUUCAGGAUUAUGGAGUCAAGAAAAGGCGAGUUCAUCCUAUUGGGAAGAGCGAAUCUUUUAUUUGCUUCUCCAAGAAUGCAGUGUCAUAGACAAGCAAACUCAAAAGCUUUUGAAAGUGCCUAAGGGUAGCAUAGGCCAGUUUUUUCAAGAUCGCUCUUCAGUGGGACACAGCAGAAAUAUCCCUUCUAAAGGCAAGAAAAUACAGAUUGGACUAAAGAUUCUGGAACAGCCACAUGCGGUCCUAUUUGUGGAUGAGAAAGAUGUGGUUGAAAUAAAAGAAAAAUUAGCUGAACUGCUUUUGGCCAUUACCAACUGUGAAGAAAGAUACAGUUUGUUUAAAAGCAAAAGUAGAUUAAGUAAAGGCAUCCAUAUAGAUGUUGGGUCACCUGUAAGAGUACAGCUGAGAUCUGGAGAAGAUAAAUUUCCUGGAGUUGUUCGCUUCAGAGGACCACUGUUACAAGAAAGAUCAUUAUCAGGGAUAUAUUUUGGAGUGGAACUUUUGGAAGAAGGUCGUGGUCAAGGCUUUACUGAUGGGCAGUACCAAGGCAAGCAGCUUUUCAGAUGUGAUGAAGACUGUGGUGUUUUUGUUGCUUUGGACAAACUAGAAUUGGUGGAAGAUGAUGACAAUGAACUGGAGAAUGACUAUGCAGCUCCAGUUGACACAAUGCAGGUAGAACUUCCUCCUCUAGAGAUCAACUCCAGGGUUUCUCUGAAGAUAGGAGAAAGUAUAGAGUAUGGGACAGUUAUAUUCUGUGAUGUCUUACCAGGAAACGAAAGUUUAGGAUACGUUGUUGGAGUGGACAUGGAUAAUCCUAUUGGAAACUGGGAUGGAAGAUACAAUGGAAUACAGUUGUGCAGUUUUGCAAGUGUUGAAAGUACACUUCUCUUACAUAUCAAUGAUGUUAUUCCAGAGACGAUACCACAAGACAGAAGACCUCCUAAACUUGCCUUUACCUCAAGAGGUGGUGGUGAUAAAAGCUUAUUCAAUCAUAGUAAGCCCAAAAUUACAGGAUCUGCCUCUGAGCCUGGAAAUAGAAGCAGAUCUGAAGUUUUCUACACAUUAAAUGGCUCUUCAGUUGAUUCGCAACCACAGUCUAAAUCAAAAAACCCAUGGUAUAUUGAUGAAGUUGCUGAAGAUCCUGCAAAAUCACUUACUGACUCAUCUUCUGGAUUUGGGCAUUCUUCACCGCCACUACAGCCACCUCUAACAAAUUGUGUAUCGACUGAAAAUAGAUUUCAUUCUCUGCCUUUUAGUUUGACAAAAGCAUCUGCCACUAACGGCACUAUUGGACAUAGUCCUCUCUCUUUAUCUGUCCAGUCAGUUAUUGGGGAUGUGAACACUGUCGCCAACCAGGAAAGUCUAUCAUCAGCAGUGCCUGUCAGUAACUCGCAUGGCCUUGAAGCAGGUUCACUGGCUGAGGUGAAGGAGAAUCCUCCCUUCUAUGGAGUAAUUCGCUGGAUUGGUCAACCACCAGGGGUUAAUGAAGUUUUAGCUGGACUGGAACUGGAAGAUGAAUGCGCAGGCUGUACAGACGGCACAUUUAAGGGAACACGAUACUUCACUUGUGCCCCAAAGAAGGCUCUUUUUGUUAAACUUAAGAGCUGCAGGCCAGAUUCUAGGUUUGCAUCUCUGCAACCUGUUUCCAACCAGAUUGAACGCUGCAAUUCUCUAGCCUUUGGAGGAUACUUAAGUGAAGUGGUAGAAGAGAACACUCCCCCAAAAAUGGAAAAAGAAGGCUUAGAGACAAUGAUUGGAAAGAAGAAAGGGAUUCAGGGUCAUUACAACUCCUGUUACUUGGACUCCACCUUAUUCUGCUUAUUUUCUUUUAGCUCAGUUUUGGAUACUGUGUUACUUAGACCUAAAGAAAAGAACGAUGUAGAGUAUUAUAGUGAAACUCAAGAGCUACUGAGAACAGAGAUUGUAAAUCCUCUUAGGAUCUAUGGGUAUGUGUGCGCCACUAAAAUAAUGAAACUCAGGAAAAUACUGGAAAAAGUUGAGGCUGCAUCAGGAUUCACUUCUGAGGAAAAAGAUCCAGAAGAAUUCUUGAAUAUUUUGUUUCAUCAUAUUUUAAGAGUAGAACCACUGUUAAAAAUCAGAUCAGCAGGUCAAAAAGUGCAAGAUUGUUACUUCUAUCAAAUUUUUAUGGACAAAAAUGAAAAAGUUGGAGUUCCAACAAUUCAGCAGUUAUUGGAAUGGUCUUUCAUCAAUAGCAACUUGAAGUUUGCAGAGGCACCCUCAUGUCUGAUUAUUCAGAUGCCUCGAUUUGGAAAGGACUUCAAGAUGUUCAACAAAAUUUUUCCUUCUCUGGAGUUAAAUAUAACAGACUUACUUGAAGACACUCCUCGACAAUGCCGUAUAUGUGGAGGACUUGCGAUGUUUGAAUGUAGAGAAUGUUAUGAAGAUACUGACAUUUCUGCUGGCAAAAUCAAGCAGUUUUGUAAAACCUGCAACACACAAGUUCACCUUCAUCCCAGGAGACAAAAUCAUAAAUUCAAUCCAUUGUCACUUCCUAAAGAUCUACCGGACUGGGAUUGGAGACAUGGAUGUAUCCCAUGCCAGAAAAUGGAGUUGUUUGCUGUUCUCUGCAUAGAAACGAGCCACUAUGUAGCAUUUGUUAAAUAUGGGAGAGAUGACUCCGCCUGGCUCUUCUUUGACAGCAUGGCAGAUCGGGAUGGAGGCCAGAAUGGCUUUAACAUUCCUCAAGUUACCCCAUGCCCAGAAGUUGGAGAGUACUUAAAAAUGUCUCUAGAAGAACUGCAUUCACUGGACUCUCGAAAAAUUCAAGGAUGUGCACGAAGAUUACUUUGUGAUGCUUACAUGUGCAUGUAUCAAAGCCCAACCAUGAGCUUGUACAAAUGAACACCAUCCUCUGGACUAGAGAAGGAACUGUAUGCGGAUUUCUACUGUUGCAUUUGCUGUACUCCUUAGUUUGUUUGGAUGCAACCAUUGCUGGCAAUGGAUGCUAGGAUAAGGGGAAGAGCUGACUCCUAGAACAAAUGAAUUAAUAUUUUAAAAACAGUGUGAUGUUUUGUUGUUGAAGUAUUGAAGCAUUUUGCACUCUAGGAAGUGUGCUUGUGUCUGUUUGUUUUAUAAACAAAGUCUAAAUGAUGUUACUAAAAUCUAAAGCUUUAAGUUAAGUGCAUUGAUUUUAUAUCUACCUAUAUAUAUAGAUAGAUAGAUAUUUAUAUCUGUCUAUAUAGAUGGAUAGAUAUAUAUCUAUAUAUAUUAUAUAUAGAUUUUGAAAUUGUUAAAAGUUAAAUUGUAAAAGGAGAAACCUCCUUAGUCCAUUGAGAAUGUAAACAUAUAUGCUGUGUGUAUUUGCUCAGUGUAUUUCUGUGGACCAAGGAUGAUGAAUCUCUGGGGUUUUUGUUUUUGUUUUUUUUUUUUUUUUUUUUGUAGCUCUCUAGCUAACAGUUGCCUUCAGAAAGGAAUAUUUUUGGCUUUUAAUGAGGCUAAUUUUAAACUAGUUACUUUUUGUGUGGUUUUUGUUAACCCUUAGCUGUGUACUUUUGUGGCUUCUAAGCUUCCACACCCCAUGUCCUCAGAAAUCAUCAUGUCCCUAUGAAUUCAUCUUUUACUUGUGAAAAUCAAACAAACCUUCCUUUGGUAUAUGCUAUUUUUUCUUUGGAGAGAGGGGCAAUAUAUUUAAAAAAAUGUUUAACGUAAAAGUAGAUAUAUGUAAACUACAAAUCUAUUUUUAAGUGUCUUUUUAUAAAUAAAACUUCUGUGGAACAGAACAAUAAAUUAUAUAGGAGCGAAUGGAUGGCAAGCUGAACAACGAAAUAGUUUUAUUGCUUCAACGAGUGUUAUGAAAGCAGAAUCUGAAGUCCUUAUGUGAAGCUUGGCCUGUUUUACAGUGCACUAAGCUGCUGCCUGCUAAGGGAUCACUAACAAAUGCUAAAAAUAUUUAGAAAGACAAAAUUAGAUUUUAAAAAAGCAGUUAAUAUUUUACUUGAUGCCCAGUACAUAACAAAAUGAAUUACUAAUGUAUACAGUGUAUAAUUGCUAUUUUACUUGGAAACCUAAAAUCUUAUUUGCAGUGAAAUCCUAUUUUUGUCUAAAAUGUGUACAGCAAAAUCUGGAUGGUGUGAAAAUAACAGGUUAUGCAUUGCAUUAUUAUGAGUUGUAGUGUAAAUUUUAAGACUUGUUUUAUAUGAGUAACUGUUUCUCUGGGAUCAACUCUGUAAAAAGGAUGGAUGGAAAACAAAACAGAUACAGUACUUUAUCACUUAAAAUGAAUAUUUCAGAAUCAGUACACUGUUUUAAAGGCUAUAGGAAUUGAUGAUCCUGUUGUAAAUACAUGACUAAUUUUUGACUGCAAAAGGUAGGCACCCCUUCCCCCUGCCCUCAGCACUGAUUUAUCUGUGCUAGGGUUUGAAAAUUGUACUGUGCUACGUGGAAGAUUAAACCUGUGCCCUAAAGUUAGGUAUGCAGGUGAUAAGCAGAGGGUUGGAAUUAUAGAAGGAUGUAUGGGAAACUGUAACAGUAGUUAAUGAAACAGCUUUGCAAGGUGCACACAGAACAUGUUUACAACAUAGUAAGUUGACUUUACUGCAUGGGCAAAUCUGAUAAGACACGUGAUGUGCAAGUAAUAUCUGGAAUUUUGUGUUAACUUUUACACCUUGAAAAAUGUGCAAUAACUUUACUAUGAGGUGAAGUUUCUGCGCAGAACGUUUUGCGUGGCUGGUAAACCCUGUGCUAUUAUCAUAUGACUGUGCCUUUGUAUCUCAGCAGGGAGUGACCUGUGUUUAUUUCCCGCUCCCAUCUUUUUCUUCCUGGGUUAUCAAUACACUAGAUGACAAAUUUGUGAAAGGGUACAGCUACCAGUUUGUUGAAUGCAUCUACCCCUUGUGCUUCCUAGUCUAACUAGGAGUCAACAUGCUCCCCUUUUGAAAGCCAGGAGCAGAGAUCAGGGCUUGGGUCCAGCGAGACUAGCACCUGCUAUCAUUGUAUGUAAAGCACAACUGCUGCCACAGGGAACUGUUGCUAUGACCUGCCCCAGCCAUGUGUUUACUAAUUUUGCCUACCACCUGUAUUUAUAUUUUGUUACAGGAUAGACCAUUUUCUUCCGGCAUAAAGUACAGUUUUUCAGAUGUCUGUCUGUUGUUCUAAGACAAAUCCUAAAAAAGUUCAUGAGAUAAAAAAGUACUAACAGUUUAUCCUAGGACUUUGUGAAGUGUGUCAGAAAAGUUGUCCUGGAGCUGCAUUGUUGAAUCAGUACUAGGUAGAAAAGUAGCAGUGCUUUCAACCACUUCUUGACCUUGACUGAAAGGGGGAUAUGUGUUCCAAGAAAAACACAAGCACAACUUGUGUGGCAUCUGUUCCUAGCCUCAGUGCAUCAUCAGUGUCACACUAGCACGGGCCUUGUUCACUAUGCUGCCCUUGGCCAUAAGAAUGGCCUUUAUUCCCAGAAUGAGUUUCAAAUGGUCCCACCCCUCAAUUUGGCAGGUUUACUGAAGUCAGUCUUAGGUUUCUUUUUCUUUCUAUGGUUAUGGGUGCUGUUGUAGCAAUCACACCAGGAGCUGAAGUGCAUAAAGCAGAUGCCUGGGGUGACCAGCCUACUUGGCCUCCUAACAGCUUCUCCCUGCUAAGGGCAGGGCCCUACACCAAACUCACAGCUUUUAGGUCCACAGAGCAGUAGUGUGCUGUACUCCCUUUUAGCCCCAGGCACCAUUGCAUGCAUACUACUUUGACUACAAUGGAGCACGUGUACCAAGCAAAGCAAGCAACCUACCCAGGUGUAGGGAGAGUGCCUUUUUCUGCCGUGGAAGGUUUUGCUAGCCUGAGCCUUCAAAUUUGCCCUGAUUAUAGAGAGUUGUUGUUGAGUAAGGUGAUUGAUGUACUCACCUAGUAGGACCCUGUAGUGACAUAUACUGGCACUACUCUGCCCUUUUUAGCCCAUUCUGCUGUUGGUUCUGGGAAAUAAAAUGUGCACCCUAUAGGUUGCUGGUAGUGUCCUUUCUCCCCAACUCCUUUGCUGCUGCUGCUCCUAUACCUUGUUCUAUUUUCAGGUCAAGGGGAAUUGGUAGCAUGGCUCCCAGACCUUACAUGGGAGAUGCAAUCUCUCUAGCCAAGUCUCUAGGGAAUGUGCUGUGCUUACUAAAUGGACAUGGCCACUCAGGCCAUUCCACCUUACAGUCCCACCUUAGUAUAAGAAAGAAUCUCCAGUCAGACUCGGUAAUUUAAGUGUCUGCUAAACUGAGAUGGACUGUGAUCACCAUGGGGUGAUACAGGUGGGCACUUAAGAGGUAGGGUGAGCAGUGGGAGUAGAAGAAACACCCUCUACAAGUUCCUGCCUCCCCCUCUCAGCCCCAUUAUUACAAGCAGAGCUCAUCCAGGCUCUGGUGCUUCCUGAUAGGGGAUGGUUGGAGUGGCUGGAAGAGGUGGGGUGCUUCCCUUCCCCCAGCCUCCACUUCUCUGGUCACUGUUCCCUCCAUUAGAGUGACUUGGGGUGGGGGGAGGAGGAGGGGUCUAAGCAGAGUGCAGACCAUGAUCACCCCAUUUUGGGGUGGGGGGUGGGGGGCGUUGCAGACACCAUGUAUGAAAUGGAAAUUGCCUCCACAUUAUGGUUUUCGGUAUUGGAAAGGAUGCAUCUCAAACAAGACCCUAAAUAUCAUUCUCCUGCUUUAUUACUGCUUUAUGACUGCAGCUGGAGUACUGCAUCCAGUUCUGAGCUCCAUAUUUUAAAAAGGUCAUGGAGAUGCUCAAGAGAGUCCAGAGGAGAGCCAUGUGCAUGAUCAGAGGUCAAGACAGCAAGCCAUAUGAGGAGAGGCAUGGGAAGCGUGGGACUCUUCAGCUUGAGUAAGCAUAGGCUUAGGGGGGACUUGGUUGCAGCCUAUAAGUGUAUCAUGGGUAUUCAUCAGGACCUGGGAAAACAUCUGUUCACCAGGGUUCCCCCAGGGAAAACAAGGUCCAAAGGUCACAAACUGCUGGAAGACAGUUUUAGAUUGGACAUAAGGAAGAACUUUACCGUUUGAGUCCCCAGAGUCUGGAAUAGACUCCCCCUCUCCCCCAGAAGUGGUGGAAGCACCUACUCUGGAUACAUUCAAGAUGUGCUUGCACAAUUAUCUUGCUGGGGUCCUCUGACCCCAGCUGACUUUCUGCCCUUGGGUAUGGAGCUGGACUAGAUGAUCUCAUGAGGUUCCUUCCACCCCUACUGCCUAUGAAAUCUAUUAAAUCUAUGAACUGUAAAACUAAUCUCACACAUUUCACAAAAUACUUGUGAGCUGUAUCAGGGAGGCAAAUGAGAGGCAAUUAACUUAAGUUUGAAAGACUGAUUAGUUAAAAGGUGAAAAAGAACUUGCUAUUUUAUGUGGGAUGAAAAUUUUGAUUGCAACCUACUUCAGAGACAGAGCUCUCCAUGCAAUAGUUUGCAUUUUAAAGCAGUUGCUACUCUGCAAUGCCAAAAAAGCACUUUAGGGGAUUUCUCUGUUCACCCCCUCCUUCUUCCAAAGGCAGCAAUGAGCAAUUAAAUGCUUCUCUCCUUGGAUGCUGACCUGCUUUUUUAUGUUGUUGAUAUGAAAAUGUCCCUCUACAGGUCUUACACAGUUGUAAUGAUGUGGAUAUCCCUUUAAAUUGGCAAAAGAAGACCGGAUUUUAUUAUAAAACAAAGCCCUCUCUUAUUCAAGAAUGGCUAAAAAAACCCCCACACAAAUACAUUCUGAGAGACCGUAACAGGAAGUACUGUCAGAGUGAGAUUACUUAAAAUACCUUUUUUACAAAUCAAAGGCUUAGGAAUGCACUCCUAUAUAUUCAGUAGUCUGAUUAACAAACUCAGAAAUGAGGGUUUGGUCCACUGAAACAAGAGCAAGGAGUGUCUUACACAAAGCUCCAGCUUUUUCUUGUGAUUUAUGUAAAGUCUGCCCAAACAUAGUUGCAGUACACAUCUGAAGCUUUGAAAAAUGUCAUACUUUUUCUUGUUCGCACUAAGACCAGACUAAAAUUGCCUUGUAGGUACUUUUUGAAGGUUCUCAAGGUAUUCUUCAUGGUUAAGGCUGAGGUCAUAUUGCCCAAAUAACACUUGAGGCAUUCUCUCUAAUACCUGGCCCAUGAUUCAUUGCUAUGUUGGGGGCAUGCCUACAUGAGAUGUUUACUAUGCAGUUGACUAAUUAGCUGUGCAGUAUAUAUCUUGGUGUCUACACAUGCACCCCUAUUAGGAUGGAGUAGAUUAAUUUACAUUAUAUUGAGCCAUGGGGAGCAGCCCUGGGCUGGUAGGCUGGCCCCUAGUGUCUUCAGCCAGCCAGGGCUGCUUUCACCUGGCUCCAUGUGCUGUGCAUGAACAAGUUGCAGAGCUUAUUGCUCCAGAAUGUAUUUGUUCCAGGCACAUCACUUGAGCCUGUGCCCGGGAGCAAUAAACUCUGGAGCAAUAAGCUCUGCAGUGUAUUCAUAUGCUGUAAUUCCAUGUGAAGAUGUGCCCAGUGUGCAUAAAGAUUAUUUCAAACACUAGACUGCUAUAUUAAAAUACAUUUUUGUAUAUGUUACUUGUGAAGUAUUUCUUAUCACUCUCCAAAGUCUUCAUUGUAGACAAGCUUGGGCUAGCUCAAACUUGGAAAAGUUCUAAUGAGGCAAAUGCAUCCUUCUAUCUAUUGGGUCAGCAAAAAAAGGCACUGCAAAACCCACCUGCCACUUAGUGCACAAGGAGCAUAGGAUCAAUCGUUGCAAAAGGCUACUUCGAGUUGUGGAAGAAGGUGAUGGGGGAGAAUAAUGAUAUAACUGUCCAGUUGAAGUUUUCCAAAGUCUCUGUGAUGUGGAUUCUGAUCUGUGCUCUUAGAAAUACAGUAAAUACUGUUCUCUACCAUCAGUGGUGAGUGUUUACCUUUUACUCAAGCACUGACUGCAUCAGAGGAUUUAAUCAAGGCCAUAGGGAGCCGGUUGUUUCACUGUUACGUAUUUUUCUUGUUGUGCACUUCACCCUCUCCUUAUUGGAUGAGCUUGGUCACCUCAGUCCCUAAUGAUUAGGGGUGUGCGAAGUGGGCCAUAUUCAAUUCAGAUUCAGCCCGAUUCAGGGACAGUGAUUUGAUUAGUUGAUUUGGAUCACUGUCCCGAUUUGAUUUGGCCAAAUCCAAAUCUGAAGAUUCAA